CCCCGGGGUCUUGCCACAACACCCCCAUGUUACCGGAAUACUCCCGUCUGCCGCUGGCUCGGACCCUAUUUGCUCUUGUUCAAGGUACCAUGCUAACCUAUGAUGCCCUGUAGACGUGUACCAUGCCCAACCCCAGCUCCGUCUGGACCAAUUCUCGGCCAGACAGCCAGACGCACAAUCACCGUAUUAAACACAGUGCAUAUGCUCACGGCUCGCUGAGGAUCGGACGAACUUGGGUGGGUGCUCAUCUGAACUCAUUGUGUACUCUUCGCUGUAUUCCCCAAUCCCAGUCGCUCGGAUGAGGCAUAAUCGUCGUAAACAUCGGAGCCAUGAGGCCAACCACAGCACGAAAAGCACGCACGCAUUGGAUGGGAGCCGAGCCUCUCAACGGGCUCUACAGCCUCCGUGCCUUCUCGUUGCUCAACCUCGGUCCUCACUCCGAGACAACCGGAGCAGUCAACACAGCGAACCAGGC